GUCAAAUGUCACUACUAUUAUUUUGAUUAUUUUUCUUACGUGAUUUAAAUCUUCUUUUUUCUUAAAAAAAGAUUAUUUUCUUUCUUGUUACAAACUGCUGCUUCAACUUUUAAUCAUGGCGAGAUGGCUACUCGCAUUAGAUUUGCUCAUCAUCACCGCCUGGUCUUAAUCGGCAUCUCCUUUAUUCUAUUCAUCCUGGUGCUCUAUCGUAACUAUGAACCCAAAGCUCAACCUUGUUUACCUACCACAUUCAAGCAUUGGGAUAAACCAUCGUUUGACGCCAUUCUCGACGACAACGAGCAGACGUUGAACGAUGGCACCGUACUCCACCACCGGCAAAUGGCCAAGGCCAAUCCGGACGUGCUGAUCCUUGCAUUGAGUCGCGACGUGCAUUCUUGGAGUAGCAAUUAUCUGUCCAUACGGCGCCGCACUGUGUAUGAUUUCCUGGAUAUGAUCAUGGCCACCGACAUCGACCUAUCUCGGGUCUCUCUGGCCCUGAUGACGGCGUCGCGUGACGAGUUCGACACCGCCAAAAAGGCCAUCGCGUCCGUGCCCUUUGCACGUGUCGCGCUACUCUACCGCGAGAGCGACGGUAAGAGUUCCUCCAAGAUCCCGUACGAGGAUCGGCACCGCCCGGAGGUACAGCGGAAGCGGCGCAACCUGAUCGCCAGCGCCCGCAACUACCUGAUGGCCCGUAGUCUGCAAGACGAGACCCACGUCAUCUGGGUUGACGCCGAUAUUGUCAAGCUUUCCAAGGGCAUCGUGCAGACCAUGAUUGGACAUGGGGAGAGUCGCGAGGACGUGGGCAUCAUCACGUCUAUCUGUAAGCAGACUCUGGAGCGAAACUACGACAAGAACGCCUGGGCUUUGAAUAGAGAAGUGCCUAUGCUCAUGGGCCCUGUCCGUGACGAAGACCUUGAGAUAGCUGCGGAUAAACUAGUCGAGACCAGGACGUACGUGGACGAGCUUAUCAAGGGGACGUCCAACGACGACAUCAUACAACUUGAUAGUGUAGGAGGCACCUUACUGUACAUGAAAGCAAGUCUCAUACGCCAGGGCAUCAAUUUUCCCACAUCCUACGUCGUCGGUUCGACAUGGUCCCACGAAGGCUGGGUUGGAAUCGAAACCGAGGGCCUUUGCUAUCUCGCCCACCAUCUCGACGGCUCAAAGUGUUUUGUGUUAGGUGGUAGUCAUUAUGUGAAGCAUGCAGAUCGGAGCGGAAAAGAUUAAUUGAUGGGUUUGAUUGUCGCAUUAAAAAGAUGGCAUUAGAUGGCAUUUUGAUUUUUUGGCGUUAUACCCCAAGCAGAGGCUCCACGAGGUUAUAUACCCCCCCUGAAUCAUGUUCAAAAGACGUUGAAUCCUGCAUACCUAGGGUGUAUCUUAGGUAGUAAGGUAGACUACCUACAUUAGGACUUUACUGUUAUAGUCGAGUUGUUUGGUUUCCGGGUCUUUGGUAUAACAUACCCCUGUCCAUAUGUAUGCCAAGACCUGUAGAAGGCGACGAGAUGAGUGCC